GCCACCACCACCCUUCUCUUCUUCUUCUUUCUUACCCCACGCCACUGACGCGGCCAUCCCCACUACCAGCAGUAUCUUCUUCAUCUUCUUCUGGAAAGUCACAAUCACAACAACCACAGGAGACUUAUGAUGGAAGGAUCUUCAUCAAAUUUGGGCAAAAUCAGGGAACUUUUCGCUCCAAUUAGGUAGUACAAGAGAUAAGGUCCAAAGCUCAAUACCAGAGUGAUUGAUUUGUCAACCGGAUUAUCAAAUUUCAAGGGAGUUCUCAAACUCUUGGUAGAGACAGAGAGACGCACAUUCAAUUGUCAUAACCCAUGAUCGUGAGGAGCACCCGGUGUACUGUAGAUACACAUGAUUGCAUUAUUCUGUAGAAGGAGUAUGUCGAUGCAGACGGAUUGUUUCGCGAGGAAGCUCUUUUGUUCGUCAUCAUCACCUUUGGUUUCGGUACCACUUCCUUCUCGAAGGGAAACCCAUCUUUGGUACGUUAUACCUGAUGAAGUAAAGGAUGCAUCCCUCCAAAAUCAGUAUAUGAAGCUAUUAUCACCAUGUGAAAAGAAAACUGUUUUACAGAUGCAAGGAGACAGACUUCAGAAAGGAUCCUUGCUAGCUCGUGCUCUGGUGCGCACUACUCUUGCAAGAUAUACAGAUACACAAGUCAGUCCGAAUUUAUUGAAGUUCCAGAAGAACAAUUUUGGGAAGCCAGAGGUAGAAUGGGAGCAUGAUGAACAGUGGAACCCACCAUCCUUGCAUUUUAACAUCUCACAUUCAUCAUCUUUGAUAGCCUGUGGUGUAACUGUAGAUAUGCCUAUAGGAAUUGAUGUCGAAGAGAAGCAAAGGAAGACAAAAAAUAGUACCAUGUCUUUUGCUCGACGUUAUUUCUCACCUCAUGAAGUGGAACGCUUGCAUGCAAUUGUGGAUCCCGAGGUUCAACGGCAUGAGUUUAUCAAAUUGUGGACACUUAAGGAAGCAUAUGUCAAAGCACUGGGCAGGGGUUUCUCGGCUUCACCUUUCAAGACUUUUGCCAUCCAAUUCAGACAGAAACCUAAAUCCGGCUUACAUGUUACCCUGGAUUCUCACUCCGAGGAUUUUAAAAUAGUUGUUGAACCUCUCAACGCUUCGGAGGACGUCAAAACUAAUUGGCAGUUUGGACUAUUUGAACUGGCAAGAUCACACUAUGCAGCCAUUUGCGUAGGAAACAACAAGACGACUGAAGGCGAAGAGAAUCACCCACUGAAAUUGAAGGUCUGGAGGACCAUCCCGUUCGUAGAAGAUGAAUGUGUUUCUGGAUCUGAUUCGGUUGUAGCUCUCAGUGGACUGACCUAGAGCUGGAGGUUUAGAAACAUCGAAAAACAUUUACCCAGCUUCAUAUGGCCCUAGAUCCCCACUGUCUGACAAGAUCGUGCAGCUUGUUAAACCUAUGGCUGUCUUACCUCCUGAAGAACUCGACAGGUUGAUCCAGCUCUACUGAGAGACGAGCUACAAUGUCCUAAGAUGCAACAAAUUGAGUCGGAAGGUACAGUGCCCUGGUUGUUUGGGCGGGGCUUCUGCUGGUUCGUCUAAAGCAGAGAACAACAUUUGAUGUGAAGCUUGAGAAAUUUGAUGCGGCCUCCAAGAUCAAGGUUUUGGAUGAGGCUAAAGCAUUUACUGGUCUAGGAUCGAAGGAGGUUGAGGAACUAGGGGAAAAGUCGCUGGUUAUAAUGAAGCAAGGAGCAGGCAGGCGUAAUUCUAGGGAAACUGAAAGCAAUUGGUGGUGGAACUCAGUGAUGGAGUGAAGUGAUUGAUUGUUGCGACUUACGUGAGUUUUUUUAUGGGUUUUGUGCAGGCAUGACUUACGUGAGUUCUUUAUGGGUUUUGUGCAGGCAUGAUGCACAAAUUUUAGGAAAUUUUAGGGAAUUGAGAAAUUCCAUAAUGCACAGACAGACGUGGAAGAAGAACUUGGUGCAGCUGAUUCAGGCAUACAGUUUAUACACUUUUAGUUUUUUUAAUGUUCUCUUGAUUAUGAUGUCAAAUAAUAGCUUGGGGAGUUCAGCUUGAUAUCUAGUUAUUCUUUCUCUGUGCCA